CCGCCGAGCCCCGUAGCGGGGCCGGGCGUUGCUGCUGCCGGAGCCGAGCCUCCUCCCCCUCCGCUGCGAGCGGCGCCCGGGCUGCCACAUCGGCACCGCCGCUCCAAGAACGCGUUUCGGGGAGCGGAGCGGGAGCCCAGCGCGCCGGGAGAUGGAGCUCCGCUGCUGUCGCCGCUGCCGCCCCCCGGGACUCGCGCUCCGCCAGGGCCGCCACUGCCGGGACGGAGAGCGCGGCGCCGCCGCUGCUGUCUAACGCUGAGGAGGGAGGCAGCGCGGAGGCCGCCGCGGACCGUCCGCCCGCUGGGCCCGCGCGGCGGCGGCGGCGAAGCGCGGCCCCCUCCUCCCCACCCGCCCCGCUGCCGCUUCCCCGCCCCCGCCCGGCCCUCGGCUGGGCUCCGCCGCCGGCAGCCGGGCCAUGGCGGGGCGAUGAGGGAGCAGCCGCCCCUGCCCGCAGGCUGCGUGCGGAGGCGGGGAGCGACGGGGCUGGGCGGGUCCGCAGCGCUAGCGCUGGGCGGCGGGGCGGGGGCAUGUGGGGCGCGGGGGCCGCGGCGCUGCAGCUCUUCUCCCGGGCCGUGAAGCAGGCGGCGGCGCAGGGGGCCCGGCAGGACCUGGGACGCUGGCUGUCCCGAGCCGCAGGGACGGCGGCAGGAGGCGGCGGGGGCACCGUCGGCUUCGUCCCGGCGGAGGCGGCGGGGGGCGAGGGGCUGCUGCUGGGGCCAUACGCGGAGCAGGGCGGGCUGCCGCCAGCGGAGCUGCUGCUUUGCCAGCUGCCCGAGGCGGGCGGCGGCGGGUCCGGGCUGGCCGAGGCCCGGGGCUGGCGCUGCUCCUGCUGCCUCCUGGGCACCUGCUGGUGCAAGAGCUGCCUCAGCGUGUGCGUCCUGGCAGCCCUCUGCUUCGCAUCGCUGGCCCUGGUGCGCCAGUACGUGCGGGACCUCGUGCUCUGGGCCGAGAGCCUGGACAGCCUGGCCGGUGUGCUGCUCUUCACCGUGGGCUUUAUCAUCGUGUCCUUCCCCUGCGGCUGGGGCUACAUCCUGCUCAACGUGGCCGCCAGCUGCCUCUACGGCUUCUGGCUGGGCAUGGGACUGAUGGUGCUCGGCGUCCUCGUGGGCACCUUUGUCGCCCAUGUGGCCUGCAAGCGGCUGUUGGCCCACUGGGCGCGGGCCAGGAUCCAGGGCAGCGAGACACUCAGUGCCAUCGUCCGUGUCGUGGAGGGCGGCAGUGGCCUCAAGGUGGUGGCUCUGGCACGGCUGACGCCGAUCCCCUUUGGGCUGCAGAAUGCCGUCUUUGCGAUUACAGAUUUGUCACUACCCAACUACCUGAUGGCUUCCUCAGUUGGACUGCUUCCUACUCAGCUCCUGAACUCGUACUUGGGCACUACCUUGCGCACCAUGGAGGAUGUGAUUGCAGAGCAAAGUGUUAGUGGCUAUUUUAUAUUCAGUUUACAGAUUGUCAUAAGCAUAGGACUCACGUUUUAUGUCGUUCACCGAGCUCAAGUGGAACUGAAUGCAGCUAUUGUAGCGUGUGAAAUAGAAAUGAAGACAUCACUUGCUAAAGACAGUCAACCAAGCAUCAGUGGUUCAACCACAUACUGCAACAAAAGGACAGUAGCAUUCUCUGGAGGAGGUGUCAAUAUUGUGUGAUUUCAAGUAUUAAUAAAGUAAGGUUUUGUGAACCUAAGCUAUUGCCUAGAAAUACCUAUGGACAAUUCAACUAGUUUAAAAAAAAAAAAAAAAGAAUUUACCAGUGGUUACAGGUUGUACUGUGGCACAAACCAACCG